AUGCAAUACAUCGUGUUCGAAUCUUUGGCUCGACCAAACGCAAACAUUUUGCUCCCAAGACCUGAUUCCCCUCACUACGACGCUCGUGCUAUUUACAGUGGUCUCGAGAUCCGUAAGUUGGAUCUUCUUCUCGACAGAGAAUGGGAGAUUGAUCUCGAAGGCAUCGAAUCCAUUGCAGAUGAGAACACUGUUGCAAUGGUAGUGGGUGCAAGAUUAGGGUUUAUGCCGGCUAAUGGGUAUGCGAUCGAGUUCUCCAAGAAAAUUAGAGGAGAAGCUGAAAGCAAUCCCGAAUUUCGAAGAACAGGGAAGGAGAUCAAGGAAAAGGCAGAAGAGUUUUAA